AUGGCGGAGGAGACGGACAAGUUCACCUGGCUCCUGGUUCAAGAAACAAUACGUCAUCACGAAAGCGCCAAAAAAUGCCAGCAGUUCGUGCAGGAGAUGAUGUGGGAGAGGGGCAGGGUGGAGCUGGCGUACAUCAACAGUCUGGAGAAGUGGGCGGGGGCGCUUGUCCAGGGGGUCAGCAAGGAUGGAUCUCCGUUCCAACCGGAAGUGCAAAACCUGUUGGUUACUCCAGCACGUGAGGCGAAGGCACAGGCUAGCCUUCAUCAGAAGUUAUACAACGAUAUCCUUCGUGCAGACGGGCCCUGUCUCCAGUUGCGGAAGCGAGUGCAGGAUUUGGAGGAACGGAUCAUGGUCUCCGAUACAAACCGUGUGUACUCGGCAGCAGUGCUACAGUUCCAAGCGAAAGUGAACCGGCGUCAGGAGCUUGAGAGGGAGGUCCGACGGAAGAAACAGCAAUAUGAAUAUGCAUUAUCCGCGUCACGUGAUAUGAAUGAGAAGUUGGACGGUAGGCGGCGCCGCAACACACCACGCCCCCUGUCGGCGAGGAAGAUGGAGACGCUGGAAUCCCGGCAGUACCAUCUACAGAGGUACUCGGACGUGCAACAGUCGCAGCUGAAAGAACAAGAGAACGAGUUACGAGCUUAUGUCAAAGCUCAGAGGGAGUCCCUUGAGACCAUCCAGUCGGAUUUGAAUCUGUUCUCCCAUCGCCGGCUGUGUGAUACCGUGGAGCUAACCCGGAUGUUCAUACUCACUCUCGCUGAACACGAGACUUCCGAAAGCAGGGAAGCUAAGAAGCUGACGUUGGAUGACUGUAGAGCUAUGUUGUCGACCGUCCCCGAGACAACGCUGUCGGAUAAGAUGCUGUCGGUGCUGAGGGAAAGGGUGCUGCAGGUGGUGAUGGCGGAUGGCGCUGCUCGCUUCACCUUGCAGGACCUGGUGUAUGGAUUGACGGACAGAGAGGGAAAACAAUCGACCGGAAGUGAAGGUCCUCGUACUCGUCCGCGCGCACCCGAUCCUGAUACCUGCCGCUUCCGGCCGAGCUCCCCGUCUCCAGUUUGUCCGCAGAAUAUCAACACUCUCCGGGAGGACUCGAUUGUGGGGUCUGUACCGGAGACGUCUCAGUGUGGCGGUUCCCAGAUAGCACGUGUGAACCACCUGUUGAAGAUCCAGUCUCUACAGGAAGACCUAGUCAAUGAUUACCUUUCACAGUCGGCUGGGUGUGCGAGACCGGAAGACCUGGUCAGCGAGUACCUCACACGUCCAACUGGGGGUGCUUGCCAAGACGUCUUGACCAGAACUAGUCCGGCUGGGGGUGCUUGCCAAGACGACUGGACCAGCACUCGUCCGGCUGGGGGUGCUUGCCAAGACGACUUGACCAGCACUCGUCCGGCUGGGGGUGCUAGCCAGGACUUGACCAGUACUCGUCCGGCUCGGGGUGCGAAUCAGGCCGACCUGACAACCACCCAUCCAGCUUGGAAUGACCGGGCCAGCGAAUACGUCACAGAGACGGGUGGUCAUGAUCGGGCCAGCGAAUACGUCACAGAGACGGGUGGUCAUGAUCGGGCCAACGAAUACGUCACAGAGACGGGUGGUCAUGAUCGGGCCAGCGAAUACGUCACAGAGACGGGUGGUCAUGAUCGGGCCAGCGAAUACGUCACAGAGACGGGUGGUCAUGAUCGGGCCAACGAAUACGUCACAGAGGUAACUGGGGCCCCUGACCAAGUGGUGAAGCCUAGCCCUAGCACCGACACCAUGAACGUAUUCAUCUCCUCGUCCAACGACUCCGUGCUCGCCAAGGCUGGAAGCCCCAUCCCAACAGUGUCAAAGAGCUUCGGAAGCACACAAUCACUGGAGUCACUUGUGCUGCCCCCGGAGAAGAUAAAGCUACCACGUCAUCAUCUACCCUUCCACGUGCGCAACUUCUGCGCCGAGAGUGACGACGAUGAAGACGACGCAGUGUCGUCAGCAGAACGCCGCCUGACGUCAAUUGGGAAAGGGCUCCGCCGCAGGAUCUUCAGGAAGGACGAAGAGGUCACCCUGACCCAAGUCAUUGCCCUGGCGCCCGGUGACCUCCUCAGAAGCUUGAAGGACCUCGAAGACGUCCCCGGCGACCUGGACGACCUCAGCCUCAACAGCAGCGGCUGCAGCAAUGGCAGUCAGAGCUCCAGCAGCUGCGACAGCAGCAGUGAAAGCGACGAGGUCAGCCUCAUGACGAAUGUCCGUGUUCGAGCCCUGCAUGCUUACCAAGCCAGAAGCACCAAGGAAAUCAGCCUGGAUCAAGGUCAGAUCGUGAAACAAAAACACGGAGUGGAUGAUCAAGGCUUCUCCUUUGGCUGGACGAGAUCGCGCAAGUUGGCACCAAAACGCUAUGGCUAUUAUCCUGCCGGCAUGGUGGAGUUGCUCCCCUUGUAUCGCAAGAAAGUCCAUCGGUACGACCAGCCCGAGACGAAGGAACCGGAAGAAAGGGAUCACAAUGUGAAGCCGCUGCCUUUGUAACUGCAUCAUGAAGACAACGUAUUGAACGAAAACCGGACAAUUGCACCUUCUUGACAUGAGCUCUUCUGGCAACAGAAACGUUUGUUGAGCUGGUUCUUCAGCGUAUGGAUACAAUUGCAGUUACUGCUGUAUUUGGAAUUGCCUGUCGAUUUAUUUGUUGAUAUUUGUAAAUAAUUUGAGGGAUAAUUUGGUAUUGAUGAGACAGGUCAUAUUAAUGCAUUCUGCACGGAUUUAUUCCCGACAGCAUUUCCCUGUAGUCCCAUGUGGAUCUAGUAUGAUUGGACGCUUAUGCCUUGUGUGUGGAUUGUAGAAGGCAGCUCUUCGCUCGUAGUUAGGUGGCCCUUUUGUAGGUUAAGUACAAUGCAAACAUAAUUGUUACAGUUUUACUAGAAGUUCUUUCAAAGUUUACAUUGUUCAAGGAGUUUAUGGAUGCUGUUGGUGUGAACGAGUAGUUAUCCAUCAUACCCAUUUUCAAAACCUUUUGUGAAACAAUGAGUUGUAAAAUUGCCAAUGUGAACAGAACCAUAGUGUCUCAACAUUGAACAUGAACAUUGCUGUCCUAAUUCAGUCACAUUUCGGAAUAAUUGCUCAUGUUUGAUAUUGGAAUGUGAUGUUAUCCCACAUGUCACACCACGAAAUGAUAACGGUUAAAGAGUAUUUUCACUUCAGGAGAUUAUGGAGGCUUUUAUUCACAUCUGGUUAGGGGAACAUUGCGUAUGCUUUACACAUCUGUUAAUAGGUUGUUGUUAUGAUUGUUGUAACUGUUGUUAUUUCUUGAAUAAUUCUGUUACUUUUUUAUCCGGUUGCUAUGGUUAUCAUUCCUCCAUAACUGUCUGAUAACCAUUAUCUUACAUUCUAUUCAAAUUUGAUAGGGAUAUAUGAUUCUAUUUAAAUAUACACUUCACAUACUAGAGAAUUAGUUUUGUGUACCAUGGCAAUAUAAACGUCCCUAUCAAAAGUAGAGAGAUGUGUGGGGAAUAUGUAGAUGGACCUCAGGUUACUGCUUCUUUCACUGUUGGAUCUACUGACCCUAUAAGUUAUUCAUUUUUAUUCAAAUUUGUUAUGAUUUGUAAUUACUUUCCAGUUCUGUAGUUUUCACGUACAUUUGGUUUAUGCGUACUUUAAAAGAAUGAGUGAGUGAUUGAGUUAAAGUUUUACAUCGCAUCGGCAAUAUUGCAGCCAUAUUGCGAUACUUUGAAAGAAAGGCCAUGUAUUUAUUAUGCAGUAGCGUUAGCUAUCAUAUAUGCACGGGGCCUUUAACACUGUGGCUUUGUUCUAUGUGUAGUAAAUGAUGCAAAAAAGCACGUUGCAAAAGACAUAUUUUCAUAGAUACAAACACCUUCAUGCAUAUUAUUUUUUAUUAGGUUCUAAGGCACAUGGGUAUGGUGUUUUUGAGCACAAGGUUGAUGAUUCUGAAUUGUGAGGGGAAUGUGAUGCCAGCCAUUGUUUCAAAAAGGUCGUUUACUUCCGGUCCGAUUUUUGAUGCCAUGGAAAAUAUUGUGUCAUCGCGAAAUCAGUACGUGGCAUGAUGACUAGUGUGUAUUACCUUCCCUUGUUUCCGUGUCUGAUACUAUUAGAAAACCAAUUUAUUGUAGUCAUUCCGCUUUGUUGAAAAAACUGUUUUUAUGAACCGGAGGGGGUGCCUUAAUGAGCACAGGAAUUGAAACUGAAGAUGCUGACAGAAUUCCGAUCCAAUUCUUAACGUGGCUACCUCUGUAUCCAGUUAAAAACGUCACAUUUUGCAAUUACUCAUUUGGUUUCCAUCUAAUCUGAAACUGGAUGAAUAAAGUUGAGAGCGAGAUAAUCGUAUCAGUGGUGUCGUUCAUACUUAAAUGUUGCGCUUGUUCAUUUUGCAAAUAUUUUGACCAGUUGUACAGGUUUUUCGAGCGGGGCAUACUGUUUCAUUGUAACGUUUAUAGAUAUUGCACCAUGAAACCACUCACUGGUAGUUAAGCAUAUUGUACACGUCCAAGGCGGUGUCUCAUGCAAUGGACGUAACUUCUAUAUUUCAUCAAUCUCAUUAAAAUCAGAUCUUAGUUAACCGCUAAACAGAGAUCUGCGGACAUCGCAUUACGGGUCACGUCAGAACGACCUUUCAUUCGACCAAUCAGAGCGUCUCUUUUCGGAUGAGGAAGGUGACAGUCGGAAUGAGUUUUCCAAUCAUGCAACCUCGAAAACGUUAACACGGGGUAUUCCGAACGACAGGUACGGCCUGAACGACUGAUUCCGUCAAAAUCAUCGUCUAUCUCUUGCUUCAAUGGGACAAACAUUUGAACG